AUGACCAACGCUAUAUGUCGAUUUUUAGCAACACCUUCGCCUGUAUUUGAAUUGAAGGUAGAGCAAGAACAUGAGACUGUCACCAUGCAAAAGUUUGCAAUUGUGCGCUUAGCGCAGUGUGUCCAGACUAAGCCUGUGACUCAAAUGCGCCAAGCAGCUGUUUCGACAUUGUAUGCCCUCUUGAAUGAAAUCACUCGAUACUCUGAUGAUGAAACCCAAGAUCAGCCAUCUGCAUUUGUGGAUCCGAAUAGUAUCAUUGGUGUCCCAAGUGCUGAACUAUUAAAUGAAUCACAAAAGGAGCAAGUGUGUGUAAAUGCGCUUUCGGCUAUUGUCAAUGUCGCUGUGUAUCUAGCUGAUGAAACUAUCAUUGUUCAAGCUUAUUCCAUGUUAUCUUUACGCCGAAAGUCCUUUUCAAUUUCAGCCAUUGCCACUUUGACCAAUAGUUUUGUGGACUUAGCACUUGUCAGCCCAUCCACGGUUUUCAGGGACAUCAUCAAUUUGUUUGCUAUUUUGAGCCGAGAAUCCUUGAUGGUCGAUAAUAAGCAAUUAACCACCUCUAUCUUGAAUGCACAGACCUUGCUGGCUCAAAGAUUAUCGGCCCGACCUGAAUAUUACGACCAAUAUCUGAGCAAUUUACUAUCCCUCUUUGUCGAGAACGGAAAUACGAUUCAGCGCAUGAUGUCUAAAAACAAGAAGGAAUCCGAACUUCCUUGGAUCUCAAAGUUAGGAAAACUUUUGCCCGUGAUUCGUACUCUUCUGGAACAUGACGAUUUCAACCCACAUUUAAAUCCUAGUGAAGAUACCGUUUCUCAUUUCCGAAAUACUUGGUUCCAUUGUGUCUUAUUUGGCUAUGUGACUGAAUCUAUUUGGAUCCGUGAAUGGUAUGAUUCCAUGUUACUCAUUGCUAAGAAAACCCCAGUUCUAGUGAUCGAAAGUGCCACCAAUUAUUUGGAAAGUGAUUUGGAAUACAACUCAGUACUUCGUGGUGGAAAUAAUAUGGAUCGUGAUAUCGGCUUGAUGAGACAAAAGUUAAUAACGUUCCUACCCAACCUUGCAUACGAUACUAAAAAUUUCUCGUUUGCACAAAUCAUUUUUGCUUUAACCGUAUAUCACAUUGAAAUGAUGAGAAGUAAAACAGGGGAUUGUAGCUUUAUCCUACGCUAUUUUAUGAAUGAUGGUGUAAGUAAUAGCACCAUGUCCAAUUGUCUCGAAACCAUUGCGGAUCGUGUCGUGACAACUUACAUCAAGGAUGCUUCGUAUAAAGCCGCUUCUCAAAAUUUAGACGGGGAACUGAGAGAACAGAUGACCAAUCUGCUCAAACUGUGUUGUCAUCGUCUCGUCAAGGUACACACUUUAGCCGUCAAGAUGACAGAACGUAUUGUCACUUCGUUUCCUCAAGUUUUUGCAGAGAAAUCCCUCAUCACACUGCUUUUGGAACUCGUGCAAUUGCUCUGGUUAAGUUGUGAAGCGGAAUACAGAGAAGAAUACUGCCCUACCUUCAAAUUCUUUUCUCCCAGAAUUGAUGUCACGAUCGAGCUCGGGGAUUCAUUUACGUAUCGUCAGGAAAUCUGUGCUCACAUGUAUGAAAAUGGCAAAAAAUGGCUUCAGAUAUCGAUGGACCGUGCACCUAUGGAGAUCAAUGGUCUUUUACAAGACUAUUUGGCAGAAUAUAAAAAAUUUGAGUCUGGUGCGCCCAUUGACGUAGCACAUUUAGGCAGAACGUUGGCUUUGGAUGUCGGAAAAUCUGCAGCCAAGAAUGAAAUGACGGUUGAUUUUGUACCCCGUAUUCGGGGGAUUCAAUUGGAUGACUCGUCGGAUUUUGUGGACGGAUUUACAUCAAGACGUUACUAUAUUGGUGAAGUCAGUGGGAUUGAAUUUUUGGCAGGCAUGCGUCAUGGAGCAGAUAAAUUACCCGAUAGUCAUACUGGAGCUGGUUUAAGUGAACAAGUGCCGAUUGUCAUAACAACUUUGCAUGCGUUACUCGACGACGUGAAACAAAAAAGGAUUGUACCAGUAGAUAGAUUGCGUCGUACCAUGUUACAGGCAGCUAGUUUUAUUAUAUCUCUACCCACAAUACAUCCUGAUCUAGUCACUCUCAUUGUCCGUAUUCCUGUUCACAUAUUUACGCCGGAGUCACUGGAAAUUGGUACAGAUGUCUGGAACUGGGUUCUUGUUGAGCGUCCUGAUAUCGAAAAACGUCUGAUGGUUGAAAUUUUGAAUAUGUGGAGUUGGGCCCAACGUUAUAGAAAAGGCCUGUUCUCUCCCAAAUUAAAUGCAAAGCAUCCUUUUGUCAGCAAGAUGACCUAUGCGCCUUCCGAAAGAGCUAUUAUUGACAAAAACAAUGAACGCAUGACCCGCUUGUUUACCCCCCACGUCACUUGGAUCAAGUUCUUGACAAGCCGUUUUUAUGCGAUUCGCCAUCGUAGCAAACACUUGAUCAACAUGCUGAUUCGUCUUCUACAGUGCACUUUCCAAAAUUCUCAUCUGAUGAGUUCUCACUCAUUUGCUCGUCUUCCAAGAUUUCAGCUCUUAUUUUUGGGCAUGAAAAUCCUUCACUCGGCACAAAUGGAAGUGCUUGCUGAAUAUCGGUUCAGAUCUCUCAUAUACACUUCUGCUUUCAAUUGGUUCUCUUUGCCUCCCAAGUGGCAUUAUGGCUCCCGCAAAAGUUAUGCGCUUGUUGAACAAAAGAUUUUGACUGAUUUUUACACGGUGGUGAUUAAUGAUAUACCUCGUUUAACAGACCUUGUUACGAGUUCAUCGAUUCGCAACUCGAGCUCCAAGAUUGCUUCUGGGCUCUACAUGUUUUUGCACAACAAGACAAAGGACGAUGUUAUGCGUGAUCAAAAAUUGACGAAGCGGUUACUUCUAUUAUUGAUGGAUAGCGAAUUAUCACGUCUUUCCGUUUGGUGUAACCCUUUGAAUGCGUUGGGACCAGGUUAUCCUGCUAAUUAUAUCGGUAACACCGAAAAAUCUUUAACGACUGAUGAAAAUUGGAAGGAAAUGGUUCGUUUUGCUUGGGAAACCUCGCCCAAGGUGGCAGUUCAAAUGGCUGCUCGAUUUGUUCAGCCUGCAGUCCAAAGAGAGCUCCAUACACUCAUUGCUAAUAAUACACUGGAUGUGGUAGAUGUACCAGAGGCGUUGGAAAUAUUGUUGGGUGAUAAAGUUCAACCCAAUGCCAAAUUGGAUCUUCGCUAUUUGAAAUAUUGGGCUCCUGUGCCUGCUAUCACCGCAGCUAAUUAUUUUAUGCCAGAAUACGGUAAUCAUCCUCUCAUUCUGCAAUAUGCAAUGAGAAGUUUGGAAUAUUAUCCUGUCGAUACCGUGUUUUUUUAUAUUCCGCAGAUUGUACAAGCGCUCCGCUAUGAUGAGUAUGGAUAUGUGGAGAGGUACAUUAUGGAAGCUGGUCAAGUAUCGCAAUUGUUUGCCCAUCAACUUAUCUGGAACAUGCAAGCAAACUUUUUUGUAGAUGCAGAUAAAGACUGCAUCAAGCCUGAUCCAUUGAAGCCUCUUCUUGAAAAAAUUAUCGACAACCUUGUUGCCUCAUUUACUGGGGCUGAUCGGGAGUUUUACGAGAGAGAGUUUAAAUUCUUUGGUGAUGUUACUGCUAUUUCUGGGUAUUUAAAGGAAUACAUCAAAUAUGGUCAAACCGAGAAGAAACCAAUGCAAAAGAAACGUCUUGAUGAAGAGCUGGCUAAAAUUAAAGUUGACGUUGGUGUGUAUCUUCCUAGUAAUCCCGAUGGCCACGUUGUUGAUAUCAAUCGAACUUCAGGCCGACCUCUUCAAAGUCACGCCAAAGCACCAUUUAUGGCCACCUUCAAGAUCGAAAAAGAAAAGGAAGAAGACGAUAUGGCUGAUGAAAAUAUCAUUCAAGGAUCUGAUGAAGAUACAUCGGUUAUGACGCUUUGGCAAAGCGCUAUUUUUAAAGUAGGUGAUGAUUGCCGACAGGAUGUACUUGCGCUUCAGUUGAUUGCCGUCUUCAAGAACAUCUUUACCAGUAUUGGUCUCGAUUUGUAUGUGUACCCCUACCGUGUUGUUGCUACUGCUCCAGGACGCGGUGUGAUUGAUGUGAUUCCCAGAUCCAUUUCUCGUGAUCAAUUAGGCCGCGAGAAAGUGAAUAGCAUGUAUGAUUAUUUUGUGGCCAAAUACGGUGGUCCCAGCUCAAUUGAUUUCCAAAGAGCGAGAACAAAUUUCGUGCAAAGUGUAGCUGCUUACUCUCUUAUUUCCUAUCUCCUUCAGUUUAAAGAUCGUCAUAACGGUAACAUUAUGCUGGACGAUGAUGGCCACAUUAUUCAUAUCGAUUUUGGCUUUAUUUUUGAUAUCGCACCUGGUGGUAUUGGAUUUGAAAGUUCGCCCUUCAAAUUAACGACAGAAAUGGUCCAAGUCAUGGGAGGUAAUUCAGAAGGACAAGCUUUCAAACAGUUUUCGGAGCUGGUCAUCAAGGGUUAUUUGGCAUGUCGUCCUUAUGCCGAGUUAAUCAUGCAACUGGUGACACUCAUGCUCCAGUCUGGUCUGCCUUGCUUUAGAGGAGAAACGAUCAAACGAAUGCGAACUCGUUUCCAAACUGAUAAAUCAGAUAGAAUUGCUGCUGAUUUUAUGAUUCAAAGAGUAAAAGAAUCUUUUGAAAACCAGAGAACGGUGCUAUAUGAUUACUUUCAAAAGGUUACCAACGGUAUUCCUUAUUAA